CAAUACUCUUUCAAAUUUCUGGAUAGCAAUAGCUUUGGCAACAUCAUUAAUUAUGUUUAUAACAUAACCAAACGGCCUCUGUUGCUUGAGCCGAGGAUCUAUUGGAAACAUCUCUAUCUUUGUAAGGUAGGGGUAAGGUCUGCGUACAUACUACUACACUGGGUUGUUUGUUUGUUGUUUAUAACAUAACCAAACAGAUAGUGAAGUAGGAUUCUUCUGUUUCCUGGCUAUAUAUAUACAUGAGUUAGAAGAGGCUAAACAGCAAAGAAGUGGCCUGCAGUUAGAGACCAUUUGUAAUUCAACUAAGAUGGCUAUUUCAAGGCUUGUUUCACUUUCUCGAAAGAUAAUUAAGCCCUCUUCUCCAACCCCAUUUUCACAUAGAAUUCACAAGCUCUCUCUUAUGGACCAAAUGGGGACUCACACCUAUAUGCCGUUUUCUUUCUUCUACCCAAAACAAGACACUGCAAGCUCUCUUGAACUGACAAAGGUCUCCCAAAUUCUUGAGAAGUCGCUUUCCAAAGUUUUAACCGCAUAUUAUCCAUUUGCUGGACGUUUACGUGACAAUUCCUUUGUCGAAUGUAAUGACAUGGGAGUCGAUCUCUCUCAAGUCCGAAUUGAUUGUCCAAUGUCAAGUAUUUUCAAUCACCCUCGUACUGAUAUCGAUAAGUUAAUAUUUCCUAAAGAUCCUUGGAACCCAUCUACGGGCAGUUUAAUCGUAGCUCAACUUAAUCAUUUUGAAUGCGGUGGCAUAAUACUCAGUACAUGUAUUUCCCACAAGGUUGCUGAUGGUUACAGUAUGACUAAUUUCCUAACUGACUGGGCCCUGGUCGCACGUGAUUCAGAAGCAAAACCAUCUCCCCUUUUUAAUGGAGCAUCAGUCUUUCAACCGGCCAACUAUUCUGCACCACCACAAGUGGCUGAUCCUAGUCUAAAACAAAAUGCAUCGAAAAGGUACCAUUUCUCAGCCUCCAAGUUAAAAGCUCUCAAGGCCAGAAGCCUAAUUCCUCCUACAACUGUGGAAGCUGUCACUGCAUUCCUAUGUAAAUGCGCCAAUACGCCAACUUCUAAGCCAUCCUUAUUCAUCCAAGCAGUAAAUCUACGAGGAACAAAUAAUGAUGCACUAGUUCCAGCAGGCUUGGUAGGAAAUGCCAUUCUUCCUUACGUUGCAUCAGCAGCGAACGAGGAAGAUCUGAAAUGGCAAAGACUAAUUGGUGAGCUUAGAGAAAGAAAAGAGAAGGUCCGUGAUAUGCUCAAAGAUAUUAAACCAGAAGAGGUACUAUCUUCAAGGGUAUCUGAACUAGCUACACAGAUAAACGAGGGAACCUCAAGCAAUGAUUUUUCUAUAUAUAGGUUUUCUAGUUUAAGGAAAUUCCCGUUCCAUGACAUAAAUUUUGGAUGGGGGAGGCCAACAAGAGUGGAUGUUGCUACUUUUCCAGUCAAUAUGUUUCUCCUUCUGGAUAACCAAAAUGGGGAUGGAGUUGAAGUAGUCGUAAACUUGGAAGAAGGAGAGAUGUCUGUAUUUGAAAGUAAUGAAGAGCUUCUUCAGUUUGCUUCUCCAAGCUCAGGACUCUAGACAAUUUGAAGUCUUCAGCAAAAAAGGGAAAAUUGAGCAGAAAAACACCAAUCUCUGAACUAUCCCAAAAUUAGCACGUUAGUUUCUGUCCAAAAACAAUGGGCUGCAAAAAUAAAAAGCUUCCCAAAGUAUUAUAGUCCAUUUAUGCAAUUCCCCAUAUUCUAGUUCAAUUCUGUUCGUACUUGAACUGAUAGUCCCUUUCAGGGAGCGUGUUGUUUUUUGUAUAAAGGGCAGUCCGGACCAGGAAACAUCAUGCAUUAAUGCAUACUGUGUCGUUUUUUGUAUACAUUGACAAAUCUCUUUAAUUGAUUUAUUUUUGAAGUUA